CGGCUGCGAGUACCCGUGAGCUGCCGGCGCUGCUCCGCUGCCGAGCUGAGGUCACGGGGACCGUCCCAGCGCCACCGGAGCUGACUGGCAGACGCGCCGCGUCCCCGCCGGAGAAGGAGCGAGGCCGGUCCCUGCGCAUCCCCGCAGCAUCAUGACUCUUCAGGCUGACUUUGAUGGUGCUGCAGAAGAUGUAAAAAAAUUAAAAACAAGACCAACUGAUGAAGAACUGAAGGAACUGUAUGGACUCUACAAACAGGCUACUGUUGGAGAUAUUAAUAUUGAAUGUCCAGGAAUGCUAGAUUUGAAAGGCAAAGCCAAAUGGGAGGCAUGGAACCUGAAAAAAGGUUUAUCAAAGGAGGAUGCUAUGAAUGCCUAUAUCUCUAAAGCAAGAGCAAUGGUAGAAAAAUAUGGGAUCUAGAAUAUUCAAAAUAAUUCCUACUAAUACUUAACUCUUCAGCUAAUGAACUAACUCUGUUGAGAAAAACAAAAUACUAACUCCUUAUUUUGAGGUCUGACACUAAUAUCUUUUAAACAUAAGCUGUUUGACUGUAAAGGGUAUUUACAUAUAUAAUCUAUUUUUAGCUUGUAUAUUAAUCUAAAUAAAUUUGAACUGAAUAAAUGAAGCUUUCUGUGAGA